AUGAUUGGAGAUCUUAUUUUUACACUGCUGGUAAAUGCAGGAGCAGUGCUUAACUUUAAACUAAGAAGAUCAAGGCAAGAUGAAGCCUUUAUGGAACGCAUUGAUUCAUCGACAGGAGACAAAAUCCGAGAGUUCCUCCUCAGUUUGAGACAUCUGCGGAUAUUUAUUGGGCUGUGGAAUGUCUUCAUCAUUUUUCUGAUGUUUGUAUUUUUCAACCACUGA